UACAGUUUUCCCGCUGUUUUUCAUCGCAUAUGUUAUGUUCGUGAGCUUUUGUCUUUCUGACACAUCAUGAGUAAACAAAAAACAGUGCUCGAUUUCUUUUCCAGAAGUCCAGCAAUUAAAUCUGAAAGCGGAGAAGUGAAUAAAUCUAAUGUUGUGGAUGCAAAAUUACCCCAAACUCCUACCUCUUCUAAAUUAUCAUCUAAUGGCAGUGUGUCCCGUAGUAAAGCCCAGAUUUCCUCUAAAUCGCCGUCAAAUGGAGCUCUAGCAAAGUCGAAAGCUGCAUCUGUUAAGAGAUCUGAUACUCCCAAAUCAACAAAGCAUCAGUCGAAGGGAAAUGUCUUAUCGCAAAAAGGAAAAAGAAUUAAAAUCUCAGAUACUGAUGAGUCUGAAGAAGAUGAGGAAAAAAAUUCCCCUCCAAAAGAUGUAAAAAGAAGACGCAUAGUAGUAGCUUCGGAAUCUGAAGAUUCCGAUGAAUACAAACCAGAAAAGGAUGACGAAGAUAGUGAUAGUUCUGCUGAAUUAAGUAAUAAUUUUUCUGAAACGGAGAGUCCUGUGAAAAAGAAACGAAAAGCAAAAAAAAGUGUUGUAUCCUCACUUCAGAUGUUUGCAAAUCCAAAAAUAUCUUCACCACGUGCAAGACAAAGCAAUGACACUUCUGCCAAAUCUCCAAGAAUGAGUACUGCUUUAUGUUCUGAUUCAAAAGGUGAAACUCCAGUUUCAAAACAGAAACCAUUAAGGAUAUCUGGCAAUGAUACUGGUGAUGAAAUUAAAGGAUCAAAUGCAGAUGCAAGAGAAUUUUUUCAUGAAAAAUUAUAUUUUUUGAAAAAGAACAUGAUCAGAGAUAAGAGAUCAGAACCAGCAGAUAGUCCUCAUUAUGAUCCAACUACACUGCAUGUUCCUGAGGAAUUUAUGAAGAAAAUUACCCCGGCCAUGAGACAGUGGUGGAAUUUUAAAGCUGAUCAUUUUGAUGCCGUUUUGUUUUUCAAGGUCGGUAAAUUCUAUGAAUUAUACCAUAUGGAUGCUGUAAUUGGUGUUAAGGAACUAGGUUUAGUUUACAUGAAGGGUGAUUUUGCACAUUCAGGAUUUCCAGAGAUUGCAUUUGGCAGAUAUUCAGAAUGUCUAAUUGAGAAAGGUUAUAAGGUAGUGAGAGUUGAACAAACGGAAACUCCUCAAAUGAUGGAAGAAAGGUGUAAGAAAAGCCCUCGAAAUACAAGAUAUGAUAAAGUAGUUUCACGAGAGAUAUGCCAGGUCACCACUAGAGGUACAAGAACGUUUACAUACCAAGAAGAAAAUGCAGGUGUUAGUAACAGUUUUCUGCUUGCUAUAUAUGAAAAACACCUGGAAGAUGUUGAAAAUCCUUCAGAAUAUGGAGUUUGUUUUGUUGAUACUUCAAUUGGAAAGUUUACAUUUGGUCAAUUUAAAGACGACAGACACAAAUCAAAACUCUUAACACUGAUAGCAUUAUAUCCCCCUGUGGAGAUUCUUUAUGACAAAGCAUCUAUUUCAAAAGAGACCCUCCACCUGCUUAAUCAUCAUUUAACUGGAACAGCCAAAGAAGUAAUUAGUUCCUUUAUUUGGAAUUCACAAAGAGCCUUGAGAUUUUUGCAAAAAACAGAAAUUUUCAAUAAGGAAGAUGAUAGCCUAGAAUAUCCUGAAACUCUGAUGCAAAUGUUAGAUCCAGAUGAUAACUGUUUAGAAACGCCUUUGAAACAAUAUGAACUUGCCUUCAGGUCAUUUGCGGCAAGUUUAUGGUAUUUGCAGAAAUGUUGCAUUGAAGAUAGUCUUUUAAGCAUGAAAUUAUUUGAAGUGUAUGUUCCUGUUGAUGAGAUGCAAAACAAAUCAAGUAAAGGUGAAAUUCAAAAGCUUUCUGCAAAAAAUUCUAACAAUUUCAAGCAGCAUAUGAUUCUUGAUGGUGUGACUUUACAAAAUCUGGAAAUUGUUCCUUUGCUUUCUUCGGGAAAUCCUGAUGGAACAUUACUUGGAACUAUGGAUUAUUGCUCAACAAAUUUUGGAAAAAGGCUCUUUCGAAACUGGUUGUGUUCACCUUUAUGCAACCCUGAUAUGAUUUCCAACCGAUUAGAUGCUAUUGAUGAUCUGCUGCAAAUUCCUGAAGUUGUUGAAGCUGCUGUUUCCAUUUUAAAGAAUAUUCCUGACCUUGAAAGAUUGUUGAGCAAAAUACACACUUAUGGGUUUGCUCGUUCACAAUUUCAUCCUGAAAGUCGAGCCAUCUAUUAUGAAGCAGAAACAUAUAAUAAAAGAAAAAUAAAUGAAUUUUUGUCUACCUUAGAAGGUUUCAAGCAAACUUCCGAUGUGAUAUCCAUGUUUGAACCUCAUUUAAAGGAAUUCAAGUCUAGUCUCCUGAAGCAGUCCGUAUCAUCAGAUAAAAUAAUUGGUCACUUUCCGGAUAUGACAAAAGAAUUAAAGUAUUUUGAAGAAGCUUUUGAUCAUGAGGUAGCAAAAAAGCAAGGUAACAUCAUACCAACUCCUGGAGUUGACAAAGAAUAUGAUUUUGCAACAGCAGAAAUUGACAAAAUUGGUAAAGAACUUGACACAUUCUUAUCUGAACAAAAGCGUGCAUUGAAUUGUAAGGUCUCUUAUGUUGGAACUGGAAAGAACCGAUACAUGCUAGAAGUUCCUGAAAAUAAGAAGGUUCCCAGUGAAUUUGAAUUUCAAGGUGGUAGAAAAGGUUUCAAACGCUAUUACACUAAAGAAACAAAAAAUCUUUUGGCCAGGUUGACAUCUGCAGAGGAGAGUCGGGCCUCAGCGCUAAAAGACAUUACUAGACGUAUAUUUGCUCGCUUUGAUGAAAACUAUAAUAUGUGGAAAAGUGCUGUGCAUUGCAUAUCUAUCCUGGAUGCUCUUAUAAGUUUGGUUUUAUAUUGCAAGUCAAGUGAAGUUCCCAUGUGUAGGCCAAAAUUUUUCAUUCCCAAUAAGGAUGUUGAGCCUCACUUAGAAAUUAUCGAUGGUCGACACCCUACCUUUUUGAAGUAUUUUACUGGAGAUGAUUAUAUUCCAAAUAGUGUGUACAUUGGACCAAAACGAAAUAACAACAAUACAGAAGUGAAUAGCGGAGGAAGAUUAGUAUUGGUAACUGGCCCAAAUAUGGGUGGUAAAUCAACUUUAAUGAGACAAGCUGGCACACUUAUAAUAAUGGCACAUUUAGGAUCCUAUGUCCCUGCGGAGUCUAUGAGCUUAACACCAGUUGACAGGAUUUUCACAAGAGUUGGAGCUAGUGAUCGAAUCAGCAAAGGUGAAAGCACUUUCUUCGUUGAGGCCAGUGAAACUUCAAGUAUUUUGCAUCAUGCAACAUUAAAUUCUUUCGUGUUGGUUGAUGAAUUAGGUAGAGGAACUGCUACUUAUGAUGGAACUGCUAUUGCAUAUGCUGCCUUAGAUUAUUUAGCUAAUGAUAUUGGAUGCCGCACUUUGUUUUCAACUCACUAUCAUAGUCUUGUUGAAGACUUUUGUGAUCAUCCCAGUGUUGGCCUUGGACAUAUGGCAUGCAUGGUUGAAAAAGAUUGUGAUUGUCCAGCACUAGAGAAAAUUACAUUUCUUUAUAAAUUUAGUGAUGGAGCUUGUCCAAAGAGCUAUGGUUUUAAUGUAGCUCUAUUGGCAGGAAUUCAUAAAGAUAUUGUGCGACAAGGCUUUUUGAAAGCACAGCAAAUGGAAUAUUCCUCUAAGCUUUCGAAGGUGUUGAGACGUCUUUUGUCUGUGAUGAAGCCUGAAGAAGUGAUAGAAGAAUUGAAUAGCAAAUAUAAAUUCUUUGCAGUUUCAGAAUGAAUCCAAAUACUUUAUCCUCGUUUUAUGUAAACUUUCAUCUGUACUUGAACAUCGCUUC